UUUGCUUGUUCACAAUGAACAGCAUGAAGAAGAGCACCUACCUAGUUUUGGUUUUAGCCCUCUUUGUUAUUGAGGAGAACAUUUAUGAUGCAUGGGGAGGAGUUAAUGAAGGAGGAGAAGAAGAAGUCACCACUCUCAAACCAAAUUACCAUAUUCCCACCGUCUCUCGGAAGUUGCUAGCCUUUCCUGGUUAUAAUAACAGUACAGGAUCGGAUUUGGUUCCAGAUUCGGAUGUGAUACCAGGCAUGGACCCAGGUUUCAGUUUUGGAUCGGGGUCGAACAUGGGUUCUGGUUCAAACACGGAUUUGGUUCCUGACGCAAACCCAGGAUCUGCAAACCCAGGGUCAGAUCCGAGGUUCAACUUUGGAUCGGGCUCGGGUACAGAUUUGGUUCCGGAUGCAAACCCGAUAUCAGGGUCGGGUACGGGUACUGGGUCGACCUUUAGAAUCGGGCCAGGUGGACCAGAUUGCUCAAAGUGGGACAUAGAAGUUGACCAAGCCCAAACGCCCCCGCUGCCGAAUGGGAUUCCCACCUACACAGUUAUCAUCAGCAAUAACUGCCACGUCGGCACCGGCCCCGACGCCAAGAGCUGCACCUUUACCGACGUCCACCUCAGCUGCGGUUGGUUCAGCUCCUACAUCCUCGUCGACCCCGAUGUGUUUCGCAGGUUAGGGUACAACGAUUGCCUCCUCAAGAACGGCGGCAAUCUCAACCCCAGAGAAGUCAUCUCCUUCGUCUAUGCUGACUCCUUUGAAUACCCGAUCUCCGUCACAUCUGCUACCUGUCAGGAUUCGAUAUGAUGUUGUAGUACGUACGUGCAUGCACUACGCAUAUAUCUAAUGUAUUCAUCACUUCUUAUGUCCUAAUUAAUG